AUGAAUAUUACACCAUGUUCCAUUAAAACACUCAAGGGGUUAUAUGAUAUAUCGGGUGUAGAAGUAGGCCAACACUUCUAUUGGCAAAUAGGGGGUUUCCAAAUUCAUGCCCAAGUACUCAUCACUUCUUGGUUCGUAAUUACUAUUUUGCUAGGUUCAGUUAUCAUAGCUGUUCGGAAUCCACAAACCAUCCCGACCGAUGGUCAGAAUUUCUUCGAAUAUGUCCUUGAGUUUAUUCGAGACUUGAGCAAAACUCAGAUUGGAGAAGAAUAUGGUCCCUGGGUUCCCUUUAUUGGAACUAUGUUCCUUUUUAUUUUUGUUUCGAAUUGGUCAGGCGCUCUUUUACCUUGGAAAAUUAUAGAGUUACCCCAUGGGGAAUUAGCAGCGCCCACGAAUGAUAUAAAUACUACUGUUGCUUUAGCUUUACUAACAUCAGCGGCAUAUUUUUAUGCGGGUCUUAGCAAAAAAGGAUUGAGUUAUUUCGAAAAAUAUAUUAAACCAACCCCAAUCCUUUUACCUAUUAACAUCCUAGAAGAUUUCACAAAACCGUUAUCACUUAGUUUUCGACUUUUCGGAAAUAUAUUGGCGGAUGAAUUAGUCGUUGUUGUUCUUGUUUCUUUAGUCCCCUUAGUAGUCCCUAUACCGGUCAUGUUUCUUGGAUUAUUUACAAGCGGUAUUCAAGCUCUUAUUUUUGCAACGUUAGCCGCAGCCUAUAUAGGUGAAUCCAUGGAAGGUCAUCAUUGA